GGAGUACAAAGAAGAUCUCUUGGGCUACGUAACCGCGUAUGUAGAGCGUAAAAUAUCUUUACGCCUUCCUCUUGCUUCCCUUCUCGCCGUCGCCGAUGCUCUCCUCCUCUCCCUCCUCGCCGCCGCCACCGCCGCCGCCUCCAUGGGACGGCGCUCCCUGGGCGGAAACCACCUCCUCGACUGCUCUCCAACACUACCACUCCCUGCCCAAGAAGGGUAAGCCGCAGGGGCGGGAGUCCACCGUCCUCGCAGCCUUCCUCCUCUCCACCCCGCAGGACGCCCAGAGCCUCACUGUCCUCUCACUGGCCACCGGGACCAAGUGCCUCGGCACCGCUCGCCUCAACCACCACGGGGACCUCGUGCACGAUGCGCAUGCCGAAGUCGUCGCACGCCGCGCGCUCCUCCGUCUAAUAUACACCGAGGUCGGCCGGAACAGCGCGCCCGAUUGGUUGGUUGCUUCCGGCACUGGUGGGAAAUGGAAGAUGAGGGAUGGGCACCACCUGCAUCUCUACAUCACCCAGCUUCCAUGUGGAGUCAUGCCGGUUCCACCGUCUCCGUCAGAGUUGCUCAGGGAACAGCUGGAUAGUGUGAAUGGAUGCAGUGAUAUUAAGUUUGUUCAAAGGAAGCCUGGGCGUGGUGAUACAACAUUAUCAAUGAGCUGUUUUGACAAAAUCACCCGCUGGAGUGUUGUUGGAAUUCAAGGUGCAUUGCUGUCUCACAUUCUUGAGCCUUUGUACUUGUCCACCAUUACUAUUGGACAAUCACCUACUGGUGUUCUUGAAGGGUUUUCUGUUGAAAAUAAUAUCAAGAAAGUUCUCGAUGCCCGGCUGUCCUCUCUAUCCAGCAAACUGCCUUCACCUUUUAAAUUGAACAAGCCACUAUUUUUUGAGGCACCAAUCCCUCCAAAAGAGUUUCAACAGACUUCUGGAGAUGUGCCCCCUUUGACAUGCGGGUACUCGAUAUGCUGGAAUAGUUCCGGUUUGCAUGAAGUUAUCUUAGGGACAACUGGGAGAAAACAGGGCACGUCUUCAAAGGCAGCAUGUUCACCCUCCACUGAGUCAUUACUCUGCAAAAGAAGGUUGCUAGAAGCCUUUGCGUCACUUGACAAUUUCUCGGUCAAAAAGCUCGAUAUUGAGAAACUGUCUUACCGUGGAAUCAAGGAUAUGGCUCCCGAGUACCAGCAGACACUUGAGCUUCUUAGGAAGGCUCCAUUUUUUAGCAGGUGGAGUGCUAAGCCUUCACCCCUCGAUACAUUCACAGUUUCACGAUCGUCGUUGCGGGAGUCACCGUCGUGAACUCAUGACGCUGCCAUCGCAAAGGCCAACAACACGCAUGAUUGCAACGGAUGAUCUCUCGUUCGUCUCUUUCUUUUUUUUCUUUCUGCGUGUUUUCUGAAUGGAUCCAAUGAUUAGAGUCGCUAAGCAGUCAGGCACUAGUACACGGCAGUUGCAUGUAAUAGUAGCCUGAAUUCGUAGAUGCUGCAGUGCAGAGUUGCCUGGGAUAUUAAGGCCAGUGCAGUGCUUGCUGCGUACAGCUGAACUGCUCUGAUCUGGAGCAUCCAACGAACAAACCUCUUUUCAUAAAAGCAGAAGCUAGGACCAACCAGAACAAGAGGAAAACGCGUGUUAGCCUGUUAGAGGAGGGAGAGAAUCAUUUCACGGAGAGAGAGAGAAAAAAAAAAAGCAGAGGUUGGGAUUGAUCAACUGAGUAUCCUAAAUUCACAAGAUCACUUGUUUAGCUAUAUAGAUUUGCUCUUUUCUUGAUCUCUGCAGCUGAAGAAACGGAGAGCAGGAUGCUGAAAUGAUCCAAAAGAUGUGCAUAUGUAGACAUACAUAUAUGGCCUGGCAACUUUACAUCUGUGCUAGAGUAUGAUCUAAGGAGCAUUCAAUGGGUAAUGGCCCUCUUUCACUUUUGUCUUUAGUCCAGUGAGUCCUCACCGUCCUACACAUUUCUAAGCCUGAGCCCAACACCUAACAAACCAGGACAGAAGUGAUAUCAGUACAGCAGCAAGGUCAUUCUCAAGUCCAAACAUCUAGUAAUGGCGUUGUCAGCCAGUAAAUCUGCAGCUGGUGUAACUGUAACCCCUGCUACAAUCUACCACCACUCAAAGUUGUUCAUCUAGCCUGAAUUUUCUAGGGGCAUCUCUCUGUAAUGAUCAAGUUACAAAGAGAAGAAGAAGGUCUUGAGAUUUUCUUUGUUCUUUGUUAUGUUGAAUUGUUGAAAACCUUCACUUGUAAGUAAAGAGAAUAUUUGCCAAUGGCAGUGGCAUUGUGGGUGUAGUGGUGUAAUGCGGUGAGACAUAUAGUAGAGGAGUUUGUUGCUGGAUUCCUCAAAGACCCACUUGCUUAGGAGCUCCUCAAGUGAUGUACUUAAGCUUCACACCACCAUCUUCUGUAUAGUCGAUACUAGGAUAAGCUAAAAUAAUAUAUAUUAAGUUCUUGCUUUUCUUUGAGGUGUCAGAAAAAAUGAAAGAGGGUGGCAUUACUCUUGA